CUAACUCUGACCAAGUUAACUAAGGGUUAACCUCAUACUGUAUGGCUUGGUGUUCUGUCUCAGAGUGAGUUGCUUCUCUGUCCAACAGGGCUCGGAACCCUCCAUGUUCAGGACCCCACCCAGGGCUGGCCUCUCUCAGCCUGUGGAGCUCCUCUUCUAGCCUGGCUAUCUGCUGGCUCCUCCUUCUCCACCUCCCUCAGAUUCCUGACCUCCUCUGACAGAUGCACUAUCAACUCUGCCUUCAAUACAAAAAAACACAGGGUGAAACAGGGAGAAGUUUUUCCUCAUUCCUCAUGUCUUCUAUCAUUCGUCCUCUUCCCGACAAUUUUUAAAAACACCAUAAGGAGGCGAGGAGGAGAAGAAUCUGUUAAUGGUCAGUUUAUCUCGAUACUUCAAAACUCCUAAGAACUUCACAAAUCCAGUGUGUGGGUCUUCCAGUGACUUGGAGAGGAUUGAGGAACCAUGGCACAGUUUGAAAGCUUGAUAUGGACUAUACCUAUUAUAUUGGUGAUUGUAAGCAUUGGAUCCUGUAUUGCAUGUGGUAGAGCCGAGUACAGAAUAGGGGAUGAAUGUUGUCCCAUGUGUUCACCAGGAAAUCGUGUUUAUAAGCAUUGUACUGAAUUCACCAGCACCUCCUGUGUGCCCUGUGUUGAUUCUACAUUCCUUGAUGAGCCCAAUGGUCUCAUGAAAUGCAAAGUGUGUACCAACUGUGAUCCAGGUUUGGGUUUGAAGGUAAAGCAGCCGUGUAGACCUUCAUCAGACACUGUCUGUGGGACACUGGAGGGGUUCUACUGUCUAGACCCAACUAAGGAUGGUUGUAGAGCAGCCCAGAGACACAGCAGCUGUAAACCUGGUCAAUACAUCAGCCACACAGGAACAACAUCUACAGAUUCUGUGUGUGCUGACUGCCCUAGUAAAACUUAUUCAGAUGGAUCAUUAACAUCUUGUCAACCACACACAGAAUGUGAAUUCUUGGAAAUUGAAGCAGGAACUCCUUGGUCGGAUUCAGAAUGCGGAGUAACCUCACUUCCCACAGCUGGACCCACAGCUGGAACCACAGCUGGAACCAUAGCUGGUGUUCUGAUAGCCACCAUAGCUGGUGUUAGUUUAUUUAUAGUGAGAACAAGAGAGAUGGUGAGAACAAGACAAAACUUAGACCAUCAAAUACUGACACAGACAUCCCCAGAUCAGGAUAUACCAAUGCUGUCUGAGGGAACUGGAAAAGAUUCAAGCCCCCAUCACAGUCAGUGACUCAACAUUCUGUAAGCUGUGGUCCACUGGCUGGCUGGUCCAGCCAUCUAUAGUGUAUUUUAACACUACAUGUUAAAUGUGAUAUUGUAGAAUCUGGUUGGUAUAAAAACAGGAUUCUACAGCACAUUAUAUUGUAGUGUAAAGAAAUGAAACCUCCAGUAGGAAGAAUAUGACCUCUGGGUAGAGGAUCACAUUGACAAUGACUAUUAUGUGGCUUAGUGUAUGAAUCAUAUACAUCAGCUUCCACCCACACUGGAACAUGUGUAUCAGCUUCUGCCUACAGCCUGUUCUAAAAUGAAAAGGACCAUGUGAUGAGGAUUAGGAACCAGCAUCGGUAGGUGAGAACCCUCUGCUCUGUCCAGGGGACCAAUAAAAUUUGAUUUGAUUUGAUUUGAUUUGAUUUGAAAGACAAACGUGUGUAUAACUUCAGGACCACAACGUCUGUCAGCCCAGACUAUGGAACUCCAAAUGGGACUUGAUAAUAUCUUGAGACAGAGAUUACUGGAUACUGGUGCAGGAUGCAGUGUUCGCUUGGGGAAGGCGCCCCCAGAAAUUAGAAACAGCGUCAAAAGGAUGGGAAUGUUAAUUCAAAUGGAUAACUUUAAACUACAAGAACAUCAACAUCACGCUCAUAGAAGAUGACAAGGACAUCAACAUCACGCUCAUAGAAGCAGACAAAGACAUCAACAUCACGCCCAUAGAAGAUGACAA